AUGGAUCGGUUGAGUGUUGUACUCAUCUGUCAAUUGCAUCUCUUUAUUACAAUCACUGCUUAUCAAUCAUCAGAAUUUUUUCCUUUCUUUUCUCAAAAUGAUACAAAAAAUUUUGAAAAUAAUGAACAAUUCCAAUAUAAUACUCCUAUUAAUCAUUCGAUUUAUCGUCGACAAGCUUCAUUAAAUAUUCUUACAUCUCAACAAGCACGCAUACCGAUUACACCUUCAUACAUAAUUCUUGGUCCACGUGUAGUUCGACCAGCACAGAUAGUUUCUAUAAGUGUUACUAUAUUACGUAAAACAUGGAAUCCAAUUAUGGUUAAAGCAUUAAUAUCCAAUGAUGAUAUGGCUAUUGCUGCAGCUGAAGAUCUAUUUACAGUAAAUGUACCACGUACAUUACAAAUGCGAAUACCAAAAAGUAUUCGUCAUGGUACAUAUCAUUUAACUAUUCAAGGAACAUUAUUAACAGGUGAACAAAAAUUUUCUAAUAUUUCACAAUUAAUAUUUGAACAAAAAGCUGUAUCAAUUCUUAUUCAACUUGAUCGACCAGUUUAUCGUCAUGAAACUGUUAUACAAUUUCGUUGUAUACCUAUUUAUCCAGAUUUAAGUGGUUAUUUUCAUACACUUGAUGCAUAUAUUCUUGGUCCAUCGGGACAUAUUUUACGUAAAUGGGAAAAUCAACAAACAACAGCAGGCAUAGUUUCACUUGAAUAUCCCAUCAAUGAUGGACCACCAGAAGGAUUUUGGACUGUUAAAUGUCGUGUUAUGGGUUAUGAAGCAACCAAACAAUUUGAUAUACAUGAAUUUUAUAAUCGAAAAUUUGAAGUUAAUGUUACUGUUCCAUAUUAUUUACCAACUGAUACUCCGGGCAUUGGCGGAAUUCUAACAGCAAAUUAUACAACUGGAAUGGGUGUACUUGGUUAUGCACGAAUCGUUGUUCGUGCACGUAAUAUGUCUACAGCAUUUGAUCCAUAUAAUUAUCCAUUAGCAGAUGUUGAAUUUGAUAAAACAACACCUUCAUAUACAACAACAAUUCAGGAUUUUAAUGGUGUUGCUGGAUUUUUUAUACCAAUUCAAAAUAUUCGUACACUUCUACCAGAUUUAGAUGGUAAUGAACUGUUGAUAACUGCUGUUGUACAUGAUCCAUGGUGGAAUGAAACAAACAAUGGUACAACUAUUGUUUCCUUCUAUACACCUGGUACACGUCUUCGUUUUCUUGGUGGACCAUCGAUGGUAUUUAAACCUCGCAUGAUUUUUACUACCUAUGUAGCUGCUACUAAUGUUGAUGGUUCAAAAUAUCCUCCUGGUCCUGGUCGAUAUAUUCGUAUUUAUACUGAUACAGAUCUUGGUCAAUCACAAGCACCUAUAGAUUAUAUGAUUGAUUCAUCAGGUAUAAUUCAACAUAAAUUUUUAGCUCCAGCUGAUCUUCAAGUAACAUUUAUACGUUUACGUGCUGAAUUAUAUAAUAAUAAUAUAAAAGUCGAAGGUAGUUAUGAUGAACAACGUGCUAUACGUUAUUUAUCACCAUCAAAUAGUUAUUUACAAGUAACAUCAAGUACAGAAAAACCACGUGUUGGUGAUUUUAUGUUAUUUCGUGUUAAUAUAACACAAUAUGUUGAUUCUGUUUAUUAUCAUAUAACAUCAGCAGGAAAAUUAAUAUUUACAAAUAUUCUUCCAAUGGAUGGUGCACGACAGAAAACAUUCGAUGUUGGUAUUAGUCGUGAAAUGGCUCCAUCAGCUCAUAUAUUAGUUUAUUAUGUACGUUAUGAUGGUGAAAUUGUUGCUGAUAGUAUGAAUUUUCAUAUAGAUACAUCAUCGGUUACAAAUCAUGUUAAUAUAACAGUAAAUCGACGAAAAGAUUUUACAGGAAAUACAAUUGAAGUUAUAGCAUAUGCUUCACCACAAUCCUAUGUUGCAUUUGCUGGUCUUGGCCUUGUACAAACACGUUUAUUUCCACCAGGAAAUCAUUUUACUUUAGUUAUAAUUUAUGAUGAAUUAUAUUCAUUUGAUCGUUAUUCAACAACAAGUUUUCAACAUACAUGGUAUUCUGAUAUAAAUAUUGCAUCACAUCGAGUUUUUUUCUCAUCACAAUCUUAUGGUUAUGAUGCUGGUUCAACAUUUAAUUCAUCGGGUAUGCAAAUAUUUACCGAUGUAAAUAUUCAAGCUAUACAACAAACAGCAUGUAAUCAAUUUGGUUUAUUACAAUGUACCGAUGGUUCAUGUUAUCCAUUGUCAUUAAGAUGUAAUAAUGUUCUGGAUUGUCGAGAUGGUUCAGAUGAAGUUGACUGUAAUGUAACAAUAAAUGCAAAUCGAUACAAUUUUACACCAUUAUAUCUACGUCUAUGGCCAUUUUGGGAACGUGAAUUACAACUUGAUUUUAUGUGGCAUCAACAAUUUGCUUAUCCUGAUGGUCGUGUACAAUUUCGUACAACUGUACCGAAUGUUAUUGCAACAUGGGUUAUAACAGCACUUGCUGUUAGUCGUUUAACAGGUUUUGGUAUUGUUGAUGUACCAUUUAUAUAUGAAGGUACAAGACAAUUUUUUAUUAAAGUUGAAGUUCCACCGAUUGUUCGACUUGGUGAACAAGUUGGUGCACGUGUUGAUGUAUUUAAUUUUCAACCACAUCGUAUUGAAGCAUUAAUUAUUUUACAUGCAUCGGAUGAUUAUCGUUCUGUUAAUAUUGGUCAACGUGGUAUAGUAUCAUCAUAUUCACCAAAAUUAACUGAAGGACAACAUCAUGUACUUGUUAUUUUAUAUCCAAAUGAAGUACGAAGACUUUAUAUUCCAUUUGUACCUAUUGUUGCUGGUGAAAUUGAAGUUAUGAUUGAAGGUAUUACUGGAGUAUCUCGUGAUUUUUAUCGUGAAGUAAUAAAAGUUAAUUAUGAAGGUAUACGUAAUUAUUAUCAUACACCAACUGUAUUAUUACUUAAUAAUUUACCAAGACAAGUCAAUGAAUAUGAUAUUACUGUACCUGAACAUUUUAUUCUUCCAUUAGCAAAUACUUGGGAUUACAUUUCUGGUUCAGCAACAUGCGAAAUAUUUAUAUCCGGUGAUGUAGCUGGUCCUUAUUUCCUAUUAGGUUAUGAUGAAUGGUUAAAUACUGAUAAUUUAAUUCAACGUACAACUGCUCCAGGUGAUUCUGGUAUUUUUGAUUUUGCUAUGAUGAUUUAUAAUCUUCGCUAUAUGUUACAAGGUCAUGGUGGUCGUGCAUUUGAUGAACAAAAAUUAUUGCAAGUAUUAAUUUAUGCCAAUAUGGAAUAUCUUCGUUUUAUGGCAAUGUAUGUUAAUAGUUAUCCCGAUGAACCAUGGCGUGAAGGUUCAUUUAGUCAAUUUGGUUUUAAUAAUGAAACAUCAGUAUGGAUGACAGCUUGGACAUUAAUGACAUUACGUGAUGCUGUUUAUCCGGAAUGGGAAGAGAAAGGUUUAUAUAUAGAUCCAAAUCUUCGUUCAGAUAUUGUUAAAUUUCUUAUAACAAAUCAGAAAACAAAUGGUACUUGGGCGGAAACAACAACUGUUGAAGAUCGAAAUAAAUUUGGUCUUCGUUUAACAAAUGUUAGUGGUACAUAUCAACAAUUGAAUUUAUCUUUAACAGCACAAGCUCUUAUUGCUUUACAAUUAAAUGUUGAUAUACGUGGAAUCCCGGCAAAAUAUAUAACAGGUGCUAUUCAACGAGCAAAACAAUGGUUAGAACAACAUUUUCGUUUAAUUAAUGAUGCAUUUGAUAUGGCAAUUGUUACAUAUGCAUUACAUUUAACCAAUAGUGCAGAACAAGAUGCUGCAUUUGCUAGAUUAACUGUAUUUAAACGAAUGAAUGAAAAUGGAAUUUACUAUUCAAAUUUAAAUCUACCAGCAAUGACAAAAACAUGGCCGAAUGUUAAUCCACGAUAUGGUCCAAAACCAGUAUCAACAAAUUUUGAAGCACAUGCUGUAUCUGCAACAGCUUUUGUAGUUAUGACAUAUACUCAUAAAGCUAGAGUGAAAGAAGCUGAACAAGCUGUAUUAUGGCUUCAAUCAAUGCGUAAUUUUAUUGGUGGUUGGUCUGCAACAUAUGAUUCUUGUAUGGCACAACGUGCUAUAGUUGGUUAUGCUGUAUUACGUGGUUUCGAAAUUACAGCUUAUAAUAUACGUAUUAAUUUAACAUCGUCAUCAUCAAAUGAAGAAAGUCAUGAUCCAGUUGUAAUUACAGAUGGAAAUCUAAUUGAUACACAAGUUCGUGAUGUAGAACGUGCUUGGGGUGUAGUUUAUAUCGAUGGAUUUGGUAAUGGUUAUGCACUUAUUCAAAUGCAUGUUGGUGUUAAUGUUGAAUUUAAUGAUAAAGUACGUCGUCCAGCUUAUGUUCCAUUUUAUGUUGAUGUUCAACCGAUGUUAUCUGGUCGGAAUUUUUCAACAAUUGAUUAUCAUAUUUGUCUUUCUUGGCGUACAGAAAAUGUAGAUGUAUUAAAAGCAACACAUAGUGGAUCAAUGUUUUUUGAAAUUCAAAUUCCAACUGGUUAUCGUGUUGAAGAAAAAGAUUUAAAAACAAUGAUCUGGGGAUUUCAUACACGAAAUUUACGUGAAGCUGAAAAUUGGCCUGGUCAAGUUAAUUUUGGUUUCGAAUAUAUAGAUUUUAAUCCAAUAUGUUUUCAAUUUCAAGCUAAACGUUGGAUACCAAUAGCAAAUAUUUCUCGUUAUUAUGAAGUAAGAGCUUAUGAAUGGUUUGAACCAGCAAAUAUAAAUCGAAGUGUUUAUACAUUAAGAAAUUUAUUUGCUUUAGAUAUAUGUGAAGUUUGUGGAUCAUAUCAAUGUCCAUAUUGUCCAUAUUAUGGUCAAGCAACAGUAUUUAUACAAUCAAUAACCAUGAUUAUUUUAGCUUUAUUUAUUGUUUUCUACAAUCAUUCAUCAACUGUGUCACGACCAUACAUCGGUUCAGGUCGUAAUCGACAAUAUAUUUAUAACAAAUUAUCGUCACCAUCAUUAUUAUCGAAUGAUUAUUUUUUUUCAUCAAAAUCAUUUUUACCUAAUCAAUCGAAGUAUAGAAAUUAUUUAUCAAAUGAUUUGCCUGUCGAUACAUUACAAGAACGAGUUGAUAAAGAAUUUAUUUCUUCUCCGACUUUAUUAGACGAACGACAAUUGUAUCAAGGGCAGAAAACAAAAGAUUUUCUAUCUUCAUCAUCUUCAUCAUCACUAUUUCUUCUCCCGACUACUCAAAACAAGACAUCAUCAUUUCAUACUUGUUACGAUCUCUCGUCUUCUCCGUUUACUAAAGAACAACAACAAAAAAUUCCACAAAACGAAUCACAAUAUUCAUAUUAUCAAUCAUCGCCUAGUGGAUAUAAAAAUAAUCAAUCUUUUUUAUCCGAUCAACUUGAAUAUUCACAAAAACGAAAAUCAUUUCCAAUUGAAAAUUAUCAUAUUGAUCGAAAUAAUAAUUCAAUAGAAGAAAAAAAUUCAUUUUUAUCACCAAGAUUAUUUAAUGAAACUAUUGUAGUUAAUAAAGAUAACGAUAAUCAAAUUUAUUCAAAUUAUCAUCCGAAAACAAGUGAUACAAUUUUUUCUUUAUUAUCAUCAUCAACAUCGAACGAAAACAAAUCUUCAUCAAAACUAUCCAAUAAUAUUUUUGAUCGAUCAUCAUCUUUAAUAUUUCCUACUGAUCAUCGUUAUAAAUCUGAUAGUUGGAAAUAUCCGAAGAUGUCAAUAAAUUUAGAUAACAAUUCUGGAUCAACAAAAUAUUCAUAUGAACAACGUAUAAGUGAUCAAGGUAAUAAAUAUACCAUUCAACUUACAACAGAUAAUUUUGAAGAAAAUGAAUUUAAAUUAACACCAUAUUAUUCUCGACAUGAAUUAGUUGUUGAUGCUAAACAUGUUGAAGAAGAUAGUUAUGGUGGUUUUAUUCGUCGUGAAUUACAUAAAAUAUUUCCGAUACCAAAACAUAUUGAUUUAAGUAAACAUACAUAUACAUUUAAUAAAACAAAACAAGAAUUAAUUAUUGAAUUAUCAUAUUUACAUUCAACAACAACAAAUGAAAAUAAAAUGGAUUCUUCAUUUAUAUCAUCUAUUGUAGAAUCAAAUCCAUUAUCAACAAUGUUAUAUGGUGAUCGUCAUUCAACAAAUCAUUAUAAUAAUAAUACAGAUACUAAUAAUAUAAAUCGAAUUCCUCCAUCAAUGAAUGAUUCAACAAAAAAAACAACAACAUCAGUAACUGUUACAACAAAAAAUGAUCCAUCAAUAGGAAAAACUAAACCAUUUGAUUUUGAUUUAUUUCAUCGAUCAGCUUUUCAACCACAAAUUCUAGCUGGAACAUCCAAUGAUAAUACACAUGAAAAAAAAUUACUUAUGUCAUUAGAUUUAACUGAUUAUCAACCUGAAGAUAUUCAAGUAUCAAUUAAAGAUCAAGAAUUAAUUGUAAAAGCUGAAAGAAAAACUCAAACUGAUACACGUAAAUCUCGUACAUCAUUUUUUCAAUCAACAAGUUUACCACCACAAACCGAUAUUGAACAUUUAAAAUCAAAUUAUAUUGACGGAAAAUUAGUUAUUGAAGCACCAUAUCUUGAACGAAAUAUUAAAACAGCGAAUAAUACUACAGAAUCCCAUAAUGAUACAGUUAUUAAAUCAGAACAAAAAUCUGUUGAAGAAGAUCCAUAUCAACAACGAACAGAAACUGUUAUAGAAUUUAUUCGUCGUCGUCGAUUAUAA